AUGGACUUCAGCUUCGAAAAGAAACCAAGCAAUCAAGUCUCCUUCCAGAAACUCAAAUCCGCAUUCAAGGACUUCGAAGACAGGUUCUCCGGCCACGGUAAAGAGUACUUUGCAAUCAAACGCAGGAAGGGGCUGUACAUACAAGCAGACGAAGGACGUUACCCACACCAGUUCACGAUCUUGCGUGAGUUCAGUGAACCGCCGCAAAUCCAAGUUCUCUGGGACUCUGCAUGGGAAGAAGAGAAGGUAGACCUCCACAGGAUAGAGCUUCAAUCAUGGCAGUUUGGGAUCAAAGUCCACGGCCUCUUAAUCUUCGGAAACGAGCUCAAAGAGGAACUGACGAUCUUGAUCAGAAAGGGCGAUGGUGAGGGCACACGACUACGCGUUUCGCCUAUGGAAGAGGGGGACAAGUAUUGUGAGAUUAUGGACUAUGUGAGAGACUCUAACAAGAAGCCCAACGACUUGCGGAAGCAUAAACGGGUUCUACCAAGACGAUUUCUUGGAUUGGGAGAUGAGGACGAUACAGAUGCUUUGAUUAAGCUCAAAGAUGCCAUCAAAGACUUCGAGACCACGACAAGCCAGGACUCAGAGAUGUACUACACCACCCGAUGGCCUGGGGUUUACAUCGCAGAAAAUUUCGCAAGCAUUCCCGGCCAUAUCUCGAUAGUCUUGAACCACACAGACGCUGCUUAUCGCGCGGGGGGCUUCAGCUACUUGUGGGACUCUACCUGGGGAAUAUCUCGCACACUUUCCGGUCGGACCGUGAACAUGGCAGACAGGGCCGGCAGCCGCGUACAUUGUGUGCUCCUAGUCGAAGCAGAACUGCCAGAUGUCACUGAGAUCCUGUACAAGUCGGCCGAUGGUCCUGGAGUUCGGACCCAAGUAAGCCCAUUCACCGAGCGAGAUCAAGGCCUCAUGGAUCACGUAGCGUCGAGGGAACACACUCAGCGUCAAGGGCCCCAAGACCUGGAUGAUCCUGGAGAAGGCAUGGAACCAUCGUCGCGAGCAACCCGUAGCGAGGCCAGUGGAGAUGCUGCCGACGCUGAAGGCAUGAAUGAACCUACAGGAAAGGCCGGGGUGACGAUGAAGAUGCCCGCACACGCAGCCCAAAGCGAGAGCGAGAGUGACGAUGAAGACCGUGCGACAUUCCUCUGUUGCCGCCGAGAUGGAUCAGGAACGUACUACCUCAUUGUAGACGACACCAAAGUCUACCACAAACGACUGAGGCCGGCGGCAGGAGUAGGUUUCGACGACGAAGCUUUCACCCGCAUGCAUGAAGAGGGACCGCAGGAGCCAUACCAGCCGUUCGAGUUGAGCAGGAAUUCAAGCAUUGAGAUCUCGCCGUUCCCCAAGGGCUACACCAUUCGCUUCAUCGCAUGCGGGCUGAGUUCAAAGAGAAAGCAGCAGAACUCAACAGAUCGCUUGACUGUAGAUGACGUCUCCUUCCACGUUAUUUACCCGGAGUCGAAUGAUCUGCCGCAUCGAGACUAUGUGAUGGAUGUCGAUGGCACGGUGGAAGGGAAGACCUACCCACAGUGGCACCACGGGAUUGCUCAGCACAACGAGGACGCGUGGGACGAAUUUAUUGCUCAGUUGAAGGCGCUGGUGACGGAUGCUGGUGGCGCAUGGCUCGAUAUGAGAUCUUGA